AUGGUCAAGACUGAUGAAGCCAAGAUGGUAUUCAGAACAAAGAUUUCUCCCCAUAACAGCUGGGAGCCUGGAGUGACCAUUGCUUCUAUGGAAGAACUACCCGACAAACCGCUUCUUGGAAUGGAGCGACCCUCCUCUCUUCAGUACACCUUCCACCAGUCAGUCUUUUACACCAUUUUCUUUCAACACAAUGAUGGUCGCUUGGAGGAAGCACUCAAUACUGGUGCUGAAAUGAUGGGCUGGUCCACCACCGGAGAAUGUCUCUGGAAAUUCCCGGAGCUCAUCACGCUUCUCCAUUCUCGGCGCCCUCUUGCCUCAUAUCCGCCAUACAACCAGCUGGCGUCAUUUAUCCGGGAAUUCACCGUCGAAUACAAGUCACACCUCGAUUCGCCGGAUCUUUUGCUGGUCCGCCAGAACAGCGCCAUGAUUCGACUAUACCACGCGGGCUGUACUUUGCUUAUCGACAUGUAUCGCGUGCAGGAAGGCGACUUCCCUUCUUAUGGAGAGCUCAUUGAUUUCCUUAUAGAUAGUGGCGAUGACAGCUUCAAGGUACUCCUGAAGAGCGAUGAUGGCCAGUACAGAACCCUGCUGGUAAAGUCAAUCGAUGAUCUUCACUCGACUGCGAGUCCCACGGCCCAAGUGGAGCCAGGAAAAAUGCCAGGGAAUGACGGUGCUUUCGAUCAAAUUUGCGACCAUUUAGGUUCCUCCACUACCGAUUUAACCACCGAAAAGUCAUAA